UACAAUGAAUGUUUUCAGCAGUACCAGAACUGCCCACAAAUUCCAGAGCCAUGAGGAACUAGUCUUGAGUCUUGCCUGUAGUCUAGUCUACUGUGAUCCAGCUACAUCUUCCCGCCGCUGAACUCCAGAGCACUUUCCUGAAGAUUCAGUGCACUUCCAAUGGUAUUUUUGGCUUCAUGGAUUCCAUCUGUAGACACUUGUUCUCCCUGUGUUUGGUCAGCACUGUUCUAGGUGGGGGACAAAACGAUGUGAGAAAAAGCACCAGGAUUAGUGCCUAUGGCGAUGUAGGAGGACAGCAGGAACACGUCGAUAUAGACAAUUGCACGCACCAGGAGAGAGUGGAAGCUCCCGAUGGAUUCAACCUGAGCUUGUCCAGGCUUAUUAUGUCCACCGUACUGUCCUGUCCACCAUUAAAGUGCAUCCCAUGUGUCCGAGUGAAUGUCAAGAUAAACAACUCAGAUGCUGCCAGACCUGCUGAGAUUUUCCAGCACUUUUUGUUUUUAUUCAAAAUUCCAGAAGUGCCAGUGAGAAUUGAAGGAGUGCAAAUUCACUUCUUUGAAUACAAAAGCAACAGAAACAAUGGGAUUCAAGUCCGAUGGAGAAACCACAUGCCGGCCAUCAAAUCGGCUACCUUCACAUUUGAAUGCUUUGAAUCAGAUGCUGGGUCUCAAGUGGAAGUUAUGGUUAAGACAAUCCCAGAUUACGGACAACAGUUAACUGAAAAAUACAAUGUCGAAGAUCAUGGAACUGGUCCAGAGAUGACUUAUUCAGUUCUUCCUCAGAAGAAGCAGAUUAUAAUUAGCGUUCCUGCAGGCCAUGUUGUGAAAGCCAUGUUAUGUUACCAACGGGGCCUGGUGUGUCGCGAGCUGAAGAACCGCUCAGUUCAGCUGAUUAACGCCACAUCCUCUCUGUCCUAUGAAUACCUGCUUCCUUGCCUCUGCAUCCAGGUAAUUUACCUUGGGUCUGAUAGUCAUCGGACAAAGGUCUGUCCAUUCACCAAUGCCCCCGAAGCCUUUGGUCCCGAUCUGUGGAGGUCGAGCAACUUCUCUGAUCUGACUCAUCGUACCAACAACAUGGCAGUUCGUUUCUCUGGGAAAUGCUACAUUAAACCUCGUGCUGUCCUCUGCUGGAAAUCAAAUGGGUUCUGUGAAGAGUUUGAGGGGUCGGCCACUGAGUUCUUGAAGUCUGGCUAUGUGUUUGAGAGCGUUGACAGACAUUCUCAGAUGUGUUUUAAGUUUAAAUAUAAAAACAGUAGCCAUGUUGAGUGUCGAAACAGACCAGACACUGAUUGGAAUGUGACUUUGGCGACAGAAUCAAACAAACUCUUGCUGACCUUUGUUUCACACAUCCCGGCAUCUUUCAGUGCUGUUCUAUGCGAGAGAGUAGGAGAGGAAUGCAAAAAUUUGAGUAUGAUCCACAGCAUAAGCCAGAUUAAAAUGAACACCCAGAAACUCCUGAUUUUGCCUGUAGAAAGCCAUGAAUCCUGUGCAAGGGUGUGGCGUUCUGAUGUGACUUUCUCUGGGAAGAGGCUGCUAUGUCCACACUACCCUCGUCAUUGGAUAGGGCUGGGACUCUUGGGCACACUGGCGGUGUUAGCUGUUAUCCUGCUGUUUGUUUAUAUGGUCUGGAAGUUUAGACCUAAAGUUGUAUCAGCCCCACUUUGGAGAAGAACAGUACUGGUGAUGUAUUCCCCAGAUUCUGAAGAGCACAAAACAUUGAUCUGUGCUUUUGCAGAUAUUCUGAAGACUGAACUGCACUGCAAUGUCAUCCUGGACUUAUGGGAUACUGGCAAAGUGGCAGAGAUUGGUAUCGUCUCUUGGCUUUACAGCAAGAGGGAACUUGUAGAGCGCGAAGGAGGAAAGAUAAUAAUUGUCUGGUCAAAAAGAAGCCAAAAAAGGUACAACCAAUGGAGUGUGUUGGACCCAGGAAGCAAACUUGAGCACAGUGACUUGCAUGACCUUUUCAAUACCUCAAUGGCUUGUGUUUACAAUGACUUUUUAAGAAACAAGAGGAUUAAAGAUUACAGUAUUAUUUAUUUUAAUGGGCUAUGUAGCAAAGAGAACAUUCCAGAAAUAUUUACCAAGAUCCCUAAAUACCGAAUGCUGAAGGAUUUUUCAAGCCUGGUGUGCACACUGCUAUCUGCUCCAGAACUUCCAUGCAGCUUCAAGUUAGGCAUUAAGUUUCUGGUGCGUGAAAUCCUGCAGUCUGAGAAAAUGCAAAAGCUGAGAAACAGUAUAGAGCAAUGCGUAAAGUUGCAGGGGCAUGGGCUUCUCUGCUGUGAGGAAUAUGACUGCUCAGACUGA